UCAUUUUCCAAUUGGCGCUCGUACACCGCGGCCGUGCCGUCGAUCCGACAACAGUCGCAGCAGCAGCAGCCGCCGCCGCCGCAGCAGCAGCCGCCGCCGCCGCCGCCGACGACGACGCAUUCAUCUCGACGGUCGCCAGUAUUACCACACGCCGUCGUCACAACCACUUCUACGCCACGGCCGGUACAACUGUUGUUACCAUAAUAUUGCCGCAGACUACUGAUACAGUCACCGCUGAUAACUCGUGGUUUUCACACGACGGCGAUAAUAGUAAAAUACAAUAAACAGUCGUCGACCGCCGUUGAGCUGAAAUAAAUUUUUCUGCCUACUCACCAACGGCAUCGGCGCCGACAGCUUAUAAUUUGAAAUAAAUAGGUACUAAAUUCAUUGUAAUUAUAAUAAACGCAUUUUUCGACAUGCAAACGUCGUUCACGUCCACGCCGUCCGCUCAAUUUAGUUCCUACAACAAUGUUUUCCGUUUCUUGUAGUCGGCUCCCGAACGUUUCUCAUUAAAGUCGAAAAGCAUUUGACUUUACGCGUCUUCACUGGAGCGUAUUCAAAUAUUGCACACGCAUCAUCAACAAGAGGAAUCAUCCGUCCAUCGCCAUGUCGUCUCCGACCAACUCCGUCCCAUAUGGAGUACAGAUUCUGCAAAAAAUUUCCGAUAAGUGUCCCAGACUCAGCCGGAUCAUCGACCGUGAAAAUCUCUAUAAAUAUAGUGUUCUUGUUUUGACCUUCAUCACAUAUGCGGCUUAUCAUGCAUCUCGAAAACCUAUUAGUGUUGUUAAAAUUGUAUUGUACCAAAACUGUUCUGAAGUUACCACUCCUGCUCCUAUUAACAACACAGAUCCUGAUUGGUGUAACUGGGCUCCAUUUAAUGCUGAAAAUCACAGUGCUUUGUUUGGAACAUUGGAUUCAGCAUUUCUUUUUGCCUAUGCGAUAGCAAUGUUUUUUAGUGGUUUAAUUGCGGAACGCGUCAACAUACGAAUUUUUCUAACAAUUGGAAUGAUUUUAUCAGGUACAGCUUGCUCAAUGUUUGGAUUAGCUCAUUUUUACAAUAUACAUUCCAUGUGGUAUUUUAUCGGAGUUCAGAUAUUUGGUGGUAUUUGUCAAACUACUGGAUGGCCGGGUGUUGUAACUGCUAUGGGCAAUUGGUUUGGCAAAGGAAACCGAGGGUUUAUAUUUGGUAUUUGGAAUUCUCAUACAUCUAUUGGAAAUAUCAUUGGUACUUUACUUGCCAGUUUGUAUGUUGAAUCCAACUGGGGAUUAUCAUUUAUUGUUCCUGGAAUAUUUAUAAUUACUUCUGGAAUUCUAAACUAUUUGUUUCUUGUGGUCCAUCCAACUGAUAUCAAUACUGAUACUCAUUUGAAUGAAAAAGUCCAGAAUGGUCACAAGGCCUUAGAGAGAAAUGGAAUACGAAGACAAUCUUCUCAUCAUGACUAUAACAUACCAGAAGAAAAUGAAAUAUUGAAGGGCAGUUCAGAAGAGGACGAGGUCAAAGAAAAAACUGAAGGUAGCCCAAUUCUUUCCCAUCUAAAUGGUUCACCAAAAAAAGCUGUUGGUUUUAUUGGCGCUAUCAAAAUUCCUGGUGUAGUUGAAUUCUCGAUGUGUUUAUUCUUUGCAAAACUAGUCAGUUACACUUUUCUAUACUGGUUACCAAAUUAUAUCAAGAAUUCUUCCACUUAUAGCCCUUCGCAAAGUGCAGAUUUGUCUACUUUAUUUGAUGUUGGUGGUAUUUUCGGUGGAAUUGCUGCAGGAAUAUUCAGUGAUAUGUUUGGAAAAAGUGCAUGUACAUGUGCAGUCAUGUUGUUUUUGGCCAUUCCAUCUUUAUAUAUUUACAAUUUGUUGUCUUCGGUCAGUUUGAUUGUGAACAUUGCUUUAUUAGUUAUUGCUGGUGGUCUUGUUAAUGGACCAUAUGCUCUGAUUACUACUGCGGUGUCUGCUGAGCUAGGAACACACAGCUCUUUAAAAGGAAAUGCCAAAGCAUUAUCUACUGUUACAUCUAUUAUUGAUGGCACUGGAUCAAUAGGAGCAGCCGUUGGACCUCUUCUGGCUGCUUACAUAUCCGACCAUUUUGGUUGGACAAGUGUUUUUUAUAUGCUUAUGAGUUCCAAUGUACUUGCAAUAUUGUUGCUUACACGACUAGUCAAGCGAGAACUCCAGAAUGUUGGCUAGCUCCAAAAUACCCUACAACUGAUAAGACUUAAAUGAAGAAUGAAACAUAUUAGUUUGUAAAAUGUCUUUGCUUUCAUGCAAUUGGUUAAAUGAAAAAAUACACAAAAAUUAACUUUUUGUA